AGUGGUCCCCCUAUAGUCUUUUCAUCGUGUAUUGGCAAGUGAAAGGCUUCUCCAACAUGAUUGAACUGGCAGAAAAAGACAAAUCUAUUGCUCAGAUGCUUCUGAAUUUUGGAGCAUGCCCACGAUGCAUUUUCAGGUUCUGCCGUGUGGAACUACAGGCUUUAUACAGACGUCCUUAUAAGGAGUUGCUUUGUGAAUUGCACACGUUCCUGCAGAGCAAUAACAAUGAAUCACCUUGUGAGAUGGCACAGCCGCCAUGUAAAAGAAUCAGACUUGAGAGCACCAAAGAAGACACAGAAGAACAGACGCCAAAUGGAAGUCAUCAGCCGACCAAUGCAGAGAAGGAUGGUGCUGCUGAGGAGAAUUUAAGACCUGCUGUUUGCAAUGUGUGCUUGGGAAUUCUGCAGGAGCUCUGUGAGACAGAUUUUGUCAAAGCAGUCUGCCAGAAGAUCAAUUCUUCUGAAUACCAGUUUUCCAGCUUUGUGUUCUCAGUGUCUUUCCCUCCACAGCUUUCUGUACGAGAGCAUGCUGCAUGGCUGCUGGUAAAAGAGGAAAUGAGGAAACAGGACCUUUUAGUGGAAAAAGACGACCUAGUUCAGCUGAAGGAAGCAUACAAAUGGAUUAUCCAUCCCCUGUUUUUGGAGGAGCUGGGGGUUCCCGCUGAUGGAAAGAGCCUUUUUGAAGUGAGUGUGGUCUUUGCUCAUCCAGAAACAGAUGAGGACUGCCAUUUCCUUGCCGUAGCAUGUCGGAGUUGCUUCAAACCAGCAAAGAACAAACAGUCUGUCUUCACCAGAAUGGCUGUUGUUAAGGCUUUGGAGUUGAUAGAUGAUGAUGAUUUCCAUAAGAACUUUCAGUGUCCUCCAAGUUCACCUAAAACACCUUGCACAGCUGUUGACAUCCAGUGUACAAAUGGUGCAAUCUUUGUGGCUGGAAGGUAUAAUAAAUACUCAAGAACAUUACCUCAGACUCCCUGGAUUAUAGAUGGUGAGAGGAAGAUGGAGUCCUCUGUGGAAGAGCUCAUCUCAGAGCAUCUCAUGGCCACCUUCAAAGCAGACAGUUUUAAUUUUUCAUCCUCUGGAAGAGAAGAUGUGGAUGUGAGAACACUGGGCAACGGAAGGCCUUUUGCGAUUGAGCUGGUGAAUCCUCGGAGAGUGCAUUUGGCUGCAGAUGAAAUGAAGGCACUUCAGCAGACCAUCAAUAACUCAUCAGACAAAGUCCAGGUUCGUGAUUUACAAAUUGUGACCAGAGAGGCAAUCGGGCAUAUGAAGGAAGGGGAGGAAGGCAAGACCAAGAGCUACAGUGCCUUAAUAUGGACAGAAAAGGAGAUACAAAAGGAAGACAUUGCAAUUCUGGACAGCAUGAAGGAAUUAAAGCUUGAUCAAAAAACUCCCCUACGAGUCCUUCACCGGCGACCUCUUGCUGUCCGGGUUCGUGUCAUCCACACUAUGCACUCAGAGUACAUAGAUGAGCAUCAUUUUCGACUACAUCUAAAGACGCAGGCAGGGACCUACAUUAAAGAGUUUGUGCACGGAGACUUUGGAAGGACUAAGCCUAAUAUGGGCUCCUUGCUAGGAAUGACUGCUGACAUCUUGGAGCUGGAUGUAGAAUCGGUGGAUGUUGACUGGCCUCCUGCUUUGGACAAUGAAUGAACCAUUAAUUUUCAAGAUAGGAAGGAAAAGAGCUACCAUCUCACCAGCUGCUGGUUAGAGCACAAUCAACUUGCUACUAGCUUUGCUGAAUAAUUGCUAACGCAUUUUAGAUCAUGUUGAUCUGUCAAAGAUUUUUUUUAUUAUAAAUAUGUAUUUUUAAUUGGCUUUAAAAAUUCAGGACAGAUGGCUGGUAAUUUGAUCAGCUUGCAGACACAGAUGGCUGUAUUUUACCUUCCUGCCCAGCUAAGUACAGGGCCUCCUUCCAAAAAAGAAAGGCAUUGCUCUUAGGUGGAUAGAGAGGUAGGAUACAGGCUGAAGUAAAUGUAGGCCUAUCUGGUGCUGGAUCACUUCUCAAGAGAAAAUAUUUCAUAUGAAGCUAUGAGAAAGUAAAGAUCUGGAAAUCCGAAGGUUCGUAUACAAAAUGCACCUGUCACUGAGAACUACCAUGUACAUUUUCCAGACAAAGCCUUGGCAACCUUGGUAGGAAAAAAACAGGAGAAACUUCUCCUGUCCGUCUAAUCUAGUAGAAACUUUUUUAAAAAGUCUCCAUUUCACGUGUUUGCAUCACUUAGAGCAACACCCUAAUUGUAGUGUUUUUAUGUUGAACUGCAUCAUCUGCUGCUGUAUUGCAGGUAGAAGGCCAGUUAUACUUCAAAAAAACAGUUGAGAUGUUUGCAAGACAAUUCCUUGGAGUGACAGCAGUAAGUCUGGGCCAGGAAGCAGCAGUGCAACAGCUGCAGACUUGUUCCUGGGGCUAGAAAUUAUUUACAAUGCAGACUGCAUGGGUGGCUUUGCACAUCAGCAUGCAUUCCCUACUUUCACCUGUACGCUGAUCCUGUGCAGCAGGAUUAUAUUCAUUGGGGCUUUCUCCCAAGCAAAUGUAUGUACCCCAAGAAAAUGUAUAGCCUUAUCUCCCAUUAAUGGUAGAGGACCUGUACACAGCAGGUCUUUUAAUCAAGAUGGAUUUAUUCUUAUUGUAUGGCUUUCAGAGGAGCCCUUAAUGUAAAGAGAACAAACUUGUUGCCAAGGGGCCUUUAAGAUUGUUUGACAGUGAUAUUUGGUGGUGUUUAGUACCCAAAAAAUUAUGGAGGAUCAUGUGAAAAUGGAAAGGAAACUGUAAUUUGUGUCAAAGCUUUUUUUAAAAAAAAAUCUUCCAGAAUAGGUUUUUAUAA